AUGAAAUCUCGUGAACGAAUUCAGAAGCGUAUUAUCAAUGAUCAAAUCCAUUUCGAGUCUUUAUUCAAUUUUGUUCAAACAGAAGAAGGUCACAAAUUACAUCAAGGUUUUAUAAAUGCUAUUCGUACAAUGUUUCCUUGGUAUUGGGAUGAAAUUUGUGGUCUUGCUGAUGGUUCUGAAAUUCUAUUCGAACACUUACUUGUGUUAAACUUUGCCAAUGAAACACGAACUGCACUUCGUCUUUUACAAGAAAAAACAAUUGAUCAUACACAACAAGAAAAUAAUCCGAGUGAAACAAAGGGAUGUAGCACUGUACUUAUUAAUCGUACAGAUACCAAUACAUUUGCAUUAUUACAUAAUGAAGAUAAUACGGCAGGAUUAUACGAUACGGCUUUUCUAGUUGAGGCCGAUAUCAAAUCGAGUCCAUACGACGGUGGUACCAGACAUAGUCCUAAUGAACGAUUCCUUGCCUAUUGCUAUGCUGGUGUCAUUCCAGGUACUGCGUUCGGUACAAAUAUGCAUGGUUUUGUUUUUGCCUUAAAUGCUCUUCUUCCAAAUUAUAUUGGAGAAAAUCGAAUUCCAAGACAAAUUAUCAAUCGAGCACUUCUUUCUGUUGCUAAUGAAAAUGAAUUGGAUAAACUUCUUCAUGGAACACCCAUUGCCUUUGGUUUUUGUAUUAAUGGUACAUUUUUUCAUGCAGACAAUAAUCAACAACGUUAUUUACUGAACUAUGAGUUAGGACCAAAUUUGAAUAGUAAUGAUAAUAUGACAACCAAGAACUUCAUCAGUAAAUGUCUUGUUCUAAACAGCAAACAAUAUGAACAAUAUAAAGAAAAUAAUAAUGAUAUUUGUAUUGCCUUGAAUUAUCUUCUUCAUUACAAUCAUUAUGACCGACUUCAAGGAUUGAUUGUUGAACGACCAGGACUUUUAUCAAGUCGAAAUCGUGCUCAACGUGGACUUGAAUUUGGAGAGAUACGUACAGAAAAAGAUGCUUUAACUUUAUUAGGUGAUCGUGCCAAUAAACAAUUUCCGAUUUUUAUGAUUCCUGACAUGGAUACGAACAAUACAGCAACACUUUGUACGAUCCAUUUUAAUUUUAACACAUAUCAAUUGAUCAUCUAUCGGAAUAAUCCGAAAGACAAUAGUGAACCGCAUCUCGUGUAUAAUCUUGCCGAUUUAUGGAAGCAAAAUGACAAUAUUGUGAAAUAA